AUGGAUAGUGAAUAUCGUGUUAUCCUAAAUGUUGGUGGUAUACGACAUGAAACAUAUAAACAUACGCUUAAGAAAAUUCCGGCCACACGUUUAAGCCGUUUGACACAAAAUUUGGCUAAUUACGACCCGGUGCUUAAUGAAUACUUUUUCGAUCGUCAUCCAGGCGUCUUUGCUCUUGUUUUGAAUUAUUAUCGCACUGGCAAGUUACAUUAUCCACUUGAUGUCUGUGGACCGCUUUUUGAAGAAGAAUUAAAGUACUGGGGUUUAGAUGCUAAUGAAGUCGAGCCAUGUUGUUGGAUGACAUAUACGCAACAUCGUGACACCCAGGAAGUAUUAACCGCCCUCGAUAAACUUGAUAUCGAUUUUGAUGAAAAUCGUCUGAAGAAUGCAGAAGAAGUCUAUCGGCGGUAA